AUGAACAGACCACCGCAGGGUCGUGGUCCCCCGCCUCGAGCGGGCGCCGGUGCGACUUGGUAUCCAGGGGGCCAGGAUGACUUUUACAUGCCAGAGGUCAUCUCCCCCCUCGCCUCAACGGUAAGAGACAUGAUUCAUUUCUCCACCUUCACCAAACUCCUUCAGAAUGCCGCGGUGCCCGAGAACAUGCAGGAUAAUAUCGCGCAACUCGAACAUCAUGCUCGCGACCCCCGCCGCGCCCAACAACCUCCUGCGCCCGUCCCCUCGCAGUAUCGCUCCCAAUUCCCCGAGCGAACUUCCUCCGCUGCCUCCGUCCGCGCACAACCGCAACAGGCGCAGGCCUAUGACCAUGGCGCCUACGCGCAAUCGGCCACUUAUGAUACCAUGGACCACCCCAACUUUUCUCCCUUUCCUGUUUUGCGAAAUCCCCCUCCCAAUGUCCCUCCGACCGACGAGCAGCGGGAAGCAAACCUAGAGCGCCAUCGUGCCGCCAUUCUCUCCACCACCGAUCCCGAAGUCCAGCUCACUUGGGCCCAGGAUACCUUGGCCUUUGUUGAAGUCGCCGCGCAAAAUGAGGACCGCCUGUCCCUCACGCAGCCGCCGCGUCCCCAUACACCUCAGGUGGAACGACAGCUCAAGACUGAUGCGAUGAACAUCGUCAGCUUCCUGGCCGAGCAACAUCACCCCCACGCCGAGUUUAUCAAAGGAAUGUGGUUGGAAUUUGGCAAGUUCGGCUUCCGGGUUGAUCGGAAGGAGGCCUUCCGAUGCUAUUCCAGAGCUGCAGAGAAGGGCUAUGCUCGUGCAGAGUAUCGCAUUGGAAUGCAGUUUGAAAGUUCCGGAGAGCCGGAGAAGGCGAUUCGACACUACGAGCGGGGUGUUGCAAUGUCCGAUUCUGCUUCAUACUAUCGCCUCGGAAUGAUGAUUCUUCUUGGCCAGCAUGGCCAGCGCCAGGAUUUCCAGCGAGGACUUGAGUGCAUUCGUUUAGCUGCUCAAUCCUGUGACCAGAAUGCGCCGCAGGGUGCCUACGUAUAUGGUAUGCUUUGUGCUCGUGAGCUUCCUCAAGUCAGUGUUCCGGAGGCCUUCUUGCCUGCCGACCUCAACACUGCGCGCGUCAAUAUCGAAAAGGCCGCCUUCAAUGGAUUCGCCAAGGCGCAAGUGAAGAUGGGUGCCGCAUAUGAGCUAUGCCAGCUUGGUUGCGAUUUCAACCCCGCACUAUCGUUGCAUUACAAUGCCCUUGCAGCACGCCAAGGGGAGCCUGAGGCAGAGAUGGCCAUCAGCAAGUGGUUCCUGUGCGGACAUGAAGGUGUCUUUGAAAAGAACGAUGAGUUGGCCUUUACAUAUGCCCAGCGUGCGGCCCAGAGUGGUCUUCCUACGGCCGAAUUCGCCCUGGGAUACUUUUACGAGGUCGGUAUCUUCGUGCCGAGUGAUAUUAAAGAGGCCCGAAGCUGGUAUGCCAAGGCUGCCGCCAGCGGAAACAAGGAUGCCUCUGGUCGAAUCGACAGCAUUUCGCGCUCCAAGACUCUCUCGCGGAAAGACCAUGAGAAGGUUGCGAUUUCUCGAAUCAAAUCAACACGUUAUGUUGCUCACCAACGCGGAGGAUCUUUGGAAGCUACCCCCGAAAACAUCGAGAUGCCAGAUCCCUCCCGCAUGACCCUGUCCGAUCCUCCCUCCUCUGCUGCGCCAUACCCGGAUCGCCCAAUGUCACGCCCUCGUCCCCCGGGCCAGCCCAAUUACCAAAUGCCCGACCCACGACCCAGUUCGGCAUUUGGCGUCAACCCAAACUUGCGCAAUGGUCCUCCAGGUCCAGGUUACGGUGGCCCGCCUGGCCCUGGCUCCCGGACUCCAUCUUAUGGACAAGGUCCACCGAUGGAUUAUCGCCGCCCCGGCCCUGGUACGCCACUCAGCGCGCCUGCAGGGCCGAUGAGUCCCCCAGGCAGCAUGAUCAGCCCUACUGGAACACCCCGGGUAGACAUUGGGUACUCUGCGCCUGUUCCGCCACCGGGUGGUGACCGACGUCGUCCUACCCGACUCGAAGGAGUUCCGCCAGAUCGCAAACCAGUGCGAACUCCCGUCUCCGCUCACGGCGGCCCUCUUCCAUCUCCACGAGGCCCCGGCCCAGCGUCCCCUCGCUCGACUGGCUCGCCUUCCUCGGGCACAUUCCCCCCCCACGCCAGGAGUCCCGCCUGCCAUCUAGAGGAUCGGCAUCUUCUACACCCCAGCCGCAGCCGCAGUCAGCACCGCCGACCCAACGGCCCCCCGCCGCUCAGCCGCCAAAGCCAUCUGCCCCCGCGCCCAGUAAGGGCCCCAAGACCUUUGAGGAAAUGGGCGUCCCCAGCGCCAACAAAGACAGUGAUUGCCCUUGUCCAUAUACUUCAUGACAACAUGGCUCCUCGUAAAGCCAAAGCUGAUGCGAGCGCACCGGGAGGCGGAGACGAUACCGCAAUGGUCCUCGCCUAUCUACUCGAACAAAACCGUCCUUACUCGGCAACCGAUAUCUCAACGAAUCUACACGCCAAAGUAUCAAAAGCCCAAGCCAUCAAAAUCCUGGCAAAACUAGCAGACAAGGGCGAUCUCACAGCCCGAACAGCCGGAAAACAAAUCGUCUACCACACGCCGCAGAAAUCAGACUCCACCAGCCCCGAAACCAUCACUCUGAUAAAAUCCGAGACCGAAGACCUCUCAUCCCAGCUCUCCGCACUGAAAGCGGAGGAAAAGAAAGUGCGGGCUUGUCUCUCGGCACUGCUGUCUAAACCGAGGAUUUCGGAAUUACGCGAUGAUAUACUGCGUCUCGAGGGUGAACGGGUGGAAUUACAAGCUUGUCUUGACAAAUUGAAUGGCGAGGACACUGCCACUGCCACUGCCACAUCUGGGGCUGGGGCUGUCGAUAUAUCAUUAUCACCGGAGGAAAGGGCGCAUCUUGAGCACGAGUGGAAGACCUGGCAUCGACAGGCUACUCUCCGGCAACGGAUUUGUGGGGAUAUGUGGGAUCGGUGCAGUGAGGUUUUGCCUGAGAAUACGAGUUUGGCGGAACUCUGGGAGUCUUUGGGGCUUGAAGGCGCGCUCCAAUGA